AUGGAGUCGUUUGUGGGGGCGCAAGUCAAAAAGAAUGUUGAGUUUGAGGAUGGAUUCAAGCAAUUCAAUACUCAUAUGAGAAUGGCUGAGACCCAAUUAGCUCAACUCGCUAAUAACUUAAAGGAACAACAAGUGCAUACUAGUCUCCCACCCCAAGGUCAACCUCCUAAGCAAAUAUAUGCAAUCACGACACGGAGUGGGAAGACUUUAGAUGAUGUUCCUAGAGCUAAUGAGGUUUCUAAGUCCAAUGGAAAGGAUCAAGAGGGAGUCGUUGAGUCUAGCGACAAUGAUGUGGUAGAAGAGGAGCCUCCCAUCGAUAAUGUGGGUGAUACCCCUAUACCAAAAGAGGAAACGCUUCUACCUUUCCCCACUCCUAAACUCCCCUAUCCUCAAAGAUUUUUAGGCAAAAAAUUGGAUGAUCAGUUUUCUAAGUUUCUUGAUGUGAUUAGCAAGUUACAUGUCACAUUAUCUCUCACCGAGGCACUCAAACAAAUGCCCCACUAUUCUAGAUUCAUGAGAGAUGUUCUUCGCGAAAAGAGAGGUUGUGAACCGAAAGAGACCGUGCAACUCACGGAGAGUUGUAGCGCUCUAAUUCAGCACUCCUUUCCCCCAAAACUCAAUGAUCCCGGGAGUUUUUCUACCCCUUGUAGCAUUCAAAAGCUCAAAUUUGAGAAUGCUCUUUGUUAUUUGGGGGAAAGUGUGAGCAUCUUGCCAUAUAAGAUCUAUGAGAAGCUCAAUCUAGGUGAUCUCUCUCCUACCGCUAUGUCAUUGCAACUAGCCGAUCGAUCGGUUAUGUUACCAUUGGGUAGGAUUGAGGAUGUUCCCCUCGUGGUUGGCAAGCUUACUUUCCUUGUUGACUUCGUUGUCUUGGACAUCGAUGAGGAUGCCCAUACUCCCAUUAUCUUGGGGAGGCCAUUUUUGGCCACCGCGGGUGCUCUUAUUGAUGUGCAAGGGGGACUGAUCACCUUGAAAGCGGGAUAUUCAAAAGCUAGCUUCAAGCUUCCCCUUGGUGAAGGGUGUUUUGCAAAGAUGAAAACUUGUAUGAAGGUAGAAACUAUUGCUUGUAUUGAGAGCUAUUGCUCACAUGCUAACCCUUCUAACAACUUUCGUGUUUCUAAGUGUGAUAAUGAGCCUUCUAGGUCCUCUCCCGAUGACAAGGAAGUCCAUGUGAUCCCAAGGUUGUUUGAUGAUUCGUUUGAUGAUGUCAUAACCAUCCCCGAUAUAUUUGGGAUGCAUGUUGAUGGUGAUGUUGGGGCUACAACCUCCAAGGUGAUUAAUGAAUCAGCAAACAAGCCCAAGAGACCCAAGAAAGCUAAGAAGCCCAAGAAAGCCAAGGGGAAGCUUGGUGGCGGAUUGUUUGGUUGGCACCUUAUGAAUGGUGAUGUCGGUACAUUGUUUGUGCCCAUGGGGGAAAAACGAAACUUUUUGAAUAAUGAUGACCCCAAGUUAGUUGCAUUUGACCCCCCAUGA